AUGUCUUCAAUUUACCAUCACCAGCAACAGCCUGAUUCCACUUCAGCAUCUUCCCUCCAUCAACAUUCAACAGUAGAAAGUCAUUUUUACAAUAAUUCAACCGACUCUUCAGAUUAUGUGACAACAACAUCGAACCCAUCUUUAACAACGACAACAAACGGAACUUUAACUUGUAAUACUUUGAGUUCAGCCAAUGUCAGCUUUCAACAACGAAGAGGUUCACUUCAACUUUGGCAAUUUCUUAUCGCUCUUCUAGAUGAACCAACAACAAAUAGUUCUUGUAUUCAAUGGACGGGACGGGGAAUGGAGUUUAAAUUAAUUGAACCAGAAGAAGUUGCCAGAAGAUGGGGAAUUCAAAAGAAUCGACCAGCUAUGAAUUAUGACAAAUUAUCAAGAAGUUUACGAUAUUAUUAUGAAAAAGGAAUUAUGCAGAAAGUUGCUGGUGAACGAUAUGUAUAUAAGUUUGUAUGUUCACCUGAAGCUCUUUUCAACAUGGCUUACAAUUCAACGUCUUCAGUCAUCACUGGAGUAGCUCCAGAAAGUAAUCGAGCUUCCAAUGAAAAGAAUCUUUUUUUAAAUCAUGGUUAUCAAAGUUCUUAA